AAUAAUAUAACCAUAAUAAAAGGCGGUUGGCAUUUGGAAGAUUCGGUCCAUGGAUGAGGGUAUAUCGUAAGUCGAACAUUUUCUCCCAUCCUUUGGCGUUACCAUUCCGCACCCUACUUUCUAUAGUUCCUCCGCCGCCACCUCAUUCACGCAAUAAUCGUUUACCAUUGCCUGCAGCUGCUUCACUAUCUGCAGCGUUUUGGAAUACUAGGAUUCGUCUCUUUCUGAGACGCAGUAUUAGCUAUAGCAGCAGUAGUAGUAGAAGAGAAGAAGCGUUAUCGGAAUCAGCGAUGGGAUCUCAGUCGAGUGAAUUGGAGUGGCCGGCCAGCCGAGUCAGGGAUACGUUCAUUAAAUUCUUUGAGGAUAAAGGCCAUGUCCAUUGGAAAUCAAGCCCCGUUGUUCCUCACAACGAUCCUACCCUUCUCUUUGCUAAUGCCGGUAUGAAUCAGUUCAAGCCGAUAUUCUUGGGUGCGGUCGAUCCCAACACUGAGUUAAGCAAACUAACCCGCGCUUGUAAUACUCAGAAGUGCAUCCGAGCAGGUGGCAAGCACAACGAUCUCGACGACGUGGGCAAGGACACUUAUCAUCAUACCUUCUUCAGAAUGCUUAAUAAUUGGUCAGUUGGAGACUAUUUUAACAAUAAUGCAGUUCAGUGGGCUUGGGGGCUUCUAAAUAAGGUGUAUAAAUUACCUCAAGAUAGAAUUUAUGCCACUUAUUUUGACGGCGACGAGAAACUUGGCCUUGCUGUCAAUUCUGAAGCAGGGUAUAAUUUGCUCAAAUUCAUCCCUCCUGCCUGUGUUUUGCCUUUUGGUUGUAAAGAUGGUACAAAGAAGGUUGUAAUAUCAGCUCCAUUGGCGUACAUGAGAAAACUCACAAGCCAAGCAUGA